GAAGAUACGAGUAUUGCCGCACUAGUAUUGCAAGAAGUUGUAAUUUGGUCCGUCUUAAAUUUGCGUUUAAACCAGUUUCGCGAAGUAUCUCUCGCCAAUCGGCCUUAAGCGAACAGGUGCGAAAUAAAUUGCAGAAAAAAAAGUUACGUGUGCUAUAAAGGUCGUACGUUACGUUCGCGCAGAAAAGUGCGAGUGCGAAUUUGAUUUUUUUAAAGUGAGAAAGUGAACUAAACUUUUGUUUGUUAAGUUUGGGCAAUUAAUGAAAGUGCAAAUUGAGAUUUUCUUUUUUUAUUCGCCGCCGUCGCUUGUUUACUUCGUUCUAAAAUCACGUGAUGUUUCGAAUUGCGGCCGCUUUUGAAAAAGUUCACAAGAAAGUUGAUUAAAGACGACGUACGCCCCUUUGGCUGUAUUUAUAUUUCUAAACACAUGAUUCUCCGCAUCAUAUAGCGAGUGCGUGGGCUGGCCAUGCGCCUCGGCCUGGUUCUGCUGGUCGCGCUGUUGCUUCCUAUCACAUCGAAUGCAAACUUCUCAAAGCCAUCCAUCGAAGAUGAAUCCUCGCAGCAACCCUACUCGACCGCCAUCAGCUCAAACUCCGUCCACUCCUUCAAUUCCAAGCCUACCAGCACGACCAGCAAAGCGCGUUAUUCGAGUAACUCCAUAUCCUACAAAGACAAGUUUAGCCUCGAUCCGAAUGGAACUGCCACGAACUACAUCAACGGCGAUACGAACGUUUACGACAAAUCGCGAUACGUCACCGAGAAGAUACCGACGAGCAGAAGUCUUCAGAAGGAUCCCGACGGUAAACGCAAGAAGCUCACCGUCGGAUAUCUCACGGCGGUCAGAGGGGAACUUAAGGAGAGACAGGGUUUGGCGAUUUCGGGAGCGCUUACGAUGGCACUCGAGGAGAUUAAUAACGAUUCCAGCAUUUUACCAAACGUGACCUUAGUGUUAAAAUGGAACGAUACAAGAGGCGAUACGGUACUGACGACUCGUUCCAUGGUCGAUAUGAUUUGCGACGGCGUUGCCGUGUUUUUCGGGCCGGAAGGUUCGUGUUACGUCGAAGCGAUCGUGGCGCAAUCUAGAAAUAUUCCCAUGAUUAGUUAUAAAUGUUCGGAUUACAAAGCAUCCAGUAUACCAACGUUUGCCAGAACUGAACCACCUGAUACACAAGUGACAAAAUCUGUGAUAUCUCUUUUAAGCUAUUAUGGAUGGAAUAAGUUUUCUAUAAUAUACGAGGAGAAUUGGGAAACGGUUGCGUAUUCGUUAAUCGAUCAGGCUAAACAAAGAAAUAUGACCAUAAAUAAUAAAAAGAGCGCCGUGGACCGACACAAGUGUUGCGAGGAGAAAAUGGCGUGCUGCUCGACCGGUUACUGGUACCAGUUUAUUCAGGAGACGAAAAAUAAGACGCGCAUUUACGUUUUUUUGGGAUCGGCGUUCUCCCUUAUCGAUCUAAUGAGCACAAUGCAAACCGCUCAGUUGUUCGACAACGGCGAAUACAUAGUGAUCUCCGUGGAUCCGAUGAACACGUAUUCGGCGAAAGACGCGCACAAGUACUUGUGGAAUACACACGUGUUUGACAAGUACACGUCGUGUGAAAGAUACCAGAAAGAUUUCUUGAAGUGGGCUCGAUCGCUACUCGUCGUCGUGUCAACGCAACCGUCGCACAAUUACGAACAGUUCACGAAAUCCGUACGAGAGUACAACGCCAAGGAACCAUUUAAAUUCAACGUUUCGCCUUUCUUAACGAGUUACAAUUUUCAGAAGUUUGUCUCGAUACACGCCGCUUACUUGUACGAUUCCGUAAAGUUGUACGCGAAAGCCUUAGAUAAACUUCUGCGCGAGCAACCAUUCCUUAACGACACCAUUGUGGAUGAAAUUGCGAGUAAUGGAACAAAAAUUAUCGAAGCCGUCAUAGGACUCGGUCCAUACACAAGUAUAACCGGAGCGACAAUGCAACUGGAUAAAAACGGCGACUCCGAGGGUAAUUUUUCCGUGUUGGCCCUAAAACCGAGCGACACGCCCGACAUGCCGAUCGUUAAAAAUUUCACCUGCAACUACCAAAUGGUGCCGGUCGGUCAGUUUCGCGAGGGCGGCGAGUUUCCAAGUUAUAAGAUACAUCGACAAGUCGAUUGGCCAGGUGGCGUGAUACCCGCCGACGAGCCGAGUUGCGGCUUCGAGAACGAACUGUGCGCGAAGCCGGACACGCAAGUGAACAGUAUAAUUGCGGGAAUUUUGGCGGUCAUGUUGUUUUGUGCCGGAGUUAUUACGAUUAGUGUUUAUCGUAAGUGGAAGAUCGAGCAGGAGAUCGAGGGGCUGCUUUGGAAAAUUGACUCGGCUGAUAUCCAUAACUAUUACGAUAACGAUAUUGUAGCGUCGCCGAGUAGAUUGAGUUUGUGCAGCGCGAGCGCCACUUCGUUCGAAUCGCGCGGCGGCGCCCAAGUGUUCGCAACUACCGCACUGUACAAGGGCGUCGUCGUUCGGAUCAAAGAGUUGACGUUCUCGAGAAAAAAGGACAUUUCUCGUGAUAUGAUGAAAGAAAUGAGGCUUCUGCGUGAAUUGAGACAUGAUAAUAUUAAUUCGUUCAUAGGUGCAUGCGUGGAACCUAUGGCACUCUUACUAGUCACUGAUUACUGUGCCAAAGGAAGUUUAUAUGAUAUUGUAGAGAAUGAAGAUAUUAAAUUGGAUAACAUGUUUAUUGCUUCUCUAGUCCAUGAUCUCAUUAAGGGUAUGCUGUAUAUACACAAUUCAAUGUUAAUCGCGCAUGGAAACUUGAAGUCUUCGAACUGUGUCGUGACGAGCAGAUGGGUACUCCAAAUAACCGAUUUCGGACUGGCAGAAAUUCGGCACUGCGCCGAAAACGAGAGCGUCGGCGAACAUCAGUAUUAUAGAAAUCUGUUCUGGAAGGCGCCCGAGAUCCUGCGUGACUUCCCGCGCUAUUUGCGCGGAACGCAAAAGGGCGACAUUUACGCGUUCGCGAUCAUUCUGUACGAGGUCAUCGGACGACGCGGGCCCUUCGGAAAUACGGCCUACGAACCGAAAGAAAUCAUAGAUCUGGUGAAGAGGUAUCCGAUGGACGGCGAAGAACCGUUCAGGCCCGACUUUGAAAUGCUAUACGACUGUAAGAUGGCGAAUUUGGACUACGUAAUUCAGUGCAUGAGGGAUUGUUGGUCGGAAAAUCCGGAGCAUAGGCCCGAUUUCUCCACGAUCAGGAGAAGGUUGAAGAGAAUGAAGGAGGGAAAGAACAAAAACAUAAUGGACCAAAUGAUGGAUAUGAUGGUUAAGUAUGCUAAUCAUUUAGAAGAUUUGGUAUCGGAACGUACAAGGUUAUUGUACGAGGAAAAGAAGAAAACUGAGGAUCUCCUGCAUAGAAUGUUACCUGAAUCUGUGGCUGAACGUCUAACGAUGGGUUACGGUGUGGAGCCCGAAUCUUUCGAUUCGGUUACCAUUUACUUUAGUGAUAUUGUCGGUUUUACCUCGAUGUCGGCCGAAAGUUCUCCAUUACAGGUUGUGAAUUUUUUAAACGAUUUAUAUACCGUUUUUGAUCGCAUUAUUAAAGGGUACGAUGUCUAUAAAGUAGAAACGAUUGGAGACGCUUACAUGGUGGUUUCUGGGCUUCCAAUUCGAAACGGAGAUAUGCAUGCCGGCGAAAUUGCCUCUAUGGCGUUAGAUCUUCUUUCUGCGAUCAAAAAUCACGCUAUACCUCAUAGGCCAAAGGAUAUGUUGCAACUGAGAAUUGGAAUUCAUACAGGUAUGGUCGUCGCCGGCGUUGUCGGGUUAACGAUGCCAAGGUACUGCCUCUUCGGGGACACGGUCAACACGGCAUCGCGAAUGGAAAGCAACGGCGAACCCCUAAAAAUCCACAUCAGUCCGCAGUGCAAAACUGCGCUGGAUAAGCUGGGGGGAUACGUAACGGAGGAGAGGGGCAUCGUGAAUAUGAAAGGUAAGGGCGCGGUGAAGACCUACUGGCUGCUGAGCGCGACGGAGAAGGCGAUUCAGAGGCGAGAGGUGGAUCUCGGCGAGUUACCUCCGUUAUUUUGCCGGCCGCGGCGAAGUCCGAAGUUGAAUAACGACUCGCGACAGGCGUCGGUCUGCGGAAAUAUGGGCGUGUUUAGUGGAUUAAAUAGUCGAAGACAUUCCAGUGUGCCUAGAGGAACCAGCAUGGAAGUUGAGAGCAGUUCGACCGUUCACAAUAAUAGUCCUUUGCCCUCUCGUCAUCUACUAAACAAACUGGCAAAGCACAUUUUGCAGGUACCGUCGACGACGUCGGUCAACUCGGCGUUUGGGCCUGAGUGCGACGAUCAGGAACCAAAGAAAGCGGCGCGCCCCCGUCGAAUUCUAUCGAGCAUCGCGUCCAGCUCGGACGAUCACAAAAGUCUGACGAUGUUAAAUAAAAUCCGCGAAUCGAAGUCCCUCGAUUCGUUGCCGGUAGUCAAACCGCACGAGCGCGCGAUAUCCCAGCAGCUUCUCCAACUGUUAAAGCCGAACACCCGCUCCUUGGAAAACUGCGACAAGUGCGGCAAUUUCAAGAUCAUCGCCAUUCCCGACGAUAAACUCGUGAACAACAAUUUUCCAAACGGUAACAUUGUAAACAUGAAACCGGACGAUCGCCGCGCCAAAGACGACGUAGAGGAACCUCUGCUUCAGCACACCGCACCGAGCAUCAUCCAUCGUAGGAAAAUCGGAAACGGCACCGACGAAGACAACGAAUACACUUCGAAGAAGUGGAAGUCCUUGGAGACGGUGCCCGGUUCUGAGGAUUAUUCCGUAAUAAAUAAUAAAAAUUUAACUCCGCGCCCCUCGAUUCGCAGCUGGAUCGUCGGUUUAUUUAACGGAAAUAGGAUAAGGUCAAGUGAUAGUUCGUUAAGGAAAGCUGUUUUACCCGAGUAUAAUAAUUUACAAAUGGAAAAGGAGAGUAUUGUUUAAAGAGUUCUUGUAGAAUUUAUUUUAUACAAUAAGUUUACGUUGCAUUACAAAUUAGUGCCGGUAUUUAUUAUGUUUUAACUGAAUGCAGUGAUUUGGCUAUUAAUUAGAUGUUAUAGAUUUAAUUCAGGUCAGUGAUUUAUUAUUUGGAUGGCUGUGAUUAUAUCUCCAUAUGUAUGUAAAUAUUAUAUAUUAUAAAUAUUAUACUUAUAGUAUAUUUCUUGUGCCAUUAAUUUAUAUGUUAGAGAAAAUGUAUGAAGCGUAAAAUGCUUACGUAGCAUCAUCACAACGAUCUGGGGGACUAUCUGAAAGGGGGGUAGUCGUUAAACCAAAAAUUAAAAAAAAAAACCAUUAAGGACUAUGGAGUUGGAAAAUUAAUUUUAUGCAAUAGAAAAUGCAAUAUCUGUAACAAAUAAGCAAUUAUAAUUUAUUUCUUUAUA